AUGAUUGUACGCCCCUCUCAUCGCCAUUAUAAAGGCCCCACGACCCACGAUGCCGGCCUCGAUUACUUCGGGCGGAAGCUCGCGACAUGCUCCUCAGAUAAGACCGUCAAGAUCUUUGAAAUCGAAGGAGAGUCACACAGGCUUCUCGAAACACUUAAAGGGCACGAAGGAGCGGUUUGGUGUGUUGCCUGGGCACAUCCAAAAUUCGGCACAAUACUAGCAUCAUCUUCGUACGAUGGAAAAGUCCUCAUAUGGCGCGAACAAAGUGUUGGCAGCGGCGCGACCUCAUCUCCCUCCUGGAGCAGGGUUUUCGACUUCUCCCUCCACACUGCUUCUGUAAAUAUGGUAUGCUGGGCACCACAUGAGCUCGGCUGCCUACUCGCCUGCGCCUCCUCCGACGGACAGGUCAGCGUGCUUGAGUUCCGUGAUAAUAGCUGGACACAUCAGAUUUUCCACGCCCACGGGCUCGGGGUCAACUCUAUCAGCUGGGCACCGGCCGCGGCCGCCGGGUCAAUCAUAAGCGCCAAUUCAGGUGCUGGCCAAUCGCGAAGAUUCGUCACCUGUGGAAGUGACAAUCUUAUAUUCAUAUGGGAUUACAAGUAUGUACCUCCGCUUUCUCACUUUGAACCCGUAAUUAACCGACUACACCUGUCUAGCUCCGAGACCAAGACGUAUUCUGCCUCGCAAACCCUCCAGGGCCAUACCGACUGGGUCCGUGACGUAGCGUGGUCCCCUAGCAUCCUGUCCAGGUCCUACAUUGCCUCUGCAUCCCAAGACAAGACUGUACGAAUCUGGACUUCUGACCCAUCGAAGCCUCAAGAGUGGACGAGCGAGAAACUUGAAUUUGACACCGUCGUCUGGCGCGUCAGCUGGAGCCUAAGCGGUAACAUCCUUGCUGUCAGCGGCGGUGAUAACAAGGUUAGUUUGUGGAAAGAAGACCUGAAGGGUAAAUGGGAGAAGGUCAAAGAUAUCGAAGAGUGA